AUGAGGAUCGGUGUUGAAGGUCAACAGGAUUGGAGUCGGUGUUCAACAGCCAACAACGAACAAGCCAACGACAAACAAGCCGACAACAAACAAGCCAACGACAAACGAGCCGACAAUGAACAAGCUGACAAUGAAUGGGCCGAGGAUGAACAAGCCGACAAUGAACGGGCAAACGACACGGAAAAAGGUGAAUCCUUUUGA